UGUGGCAGAGCAGACCCAUCUGUGGCUGACGUUUGCUCCUGUGGCUGAUAAGACAGCUGCCUACUUCCACAUUUCCCUGGAGAUGAUCAACUGGCUCUCGCUAGUGUACCUUCUCAUCUCAAUCCCGUUUGGUCUGGUGGCAACAUGGCUCCUCGACAGCAUGGGGCUCAGAUGUGCUGUGACCCUGAGUGCAUGGCUGAACAUGACAGGUAGCAUCAUCCGGAUGGUCAGCGUCCUGAAGUUCCUGAGUCUGGGGUCCCAGAGGUACUGGUACCUGUUUGUCGGACAAUGCCUCUGUGCACUGGCACAGCCCCUUGUCAUCUUUUCACCAACAAAACUAGCAGCACUAUGGUUCCCGGACCACCAGAGAGCAACAGCAAACAUGCUCGCAUCGAUGUCCAAUCCCUUGGGUAUUCUCAUAGCAAACGUGCUAUCACCUGCGCUAGUUCCAGAAGGAAAGCACAUCCCACUGAUGCUUGGUGUUUAUGCUAUCCCAGCAGUAACAGCCUGUGCUCUGGCAACUGUUGGGAUUCAUGAGAAGGUUCCUCCAACGCCUCCUUCUGCCAGUGCCACUAAUUCUACCUCUCAGCCAUUCCUUGCAGGGCUCAAAAUGCUCCUGAGAAACAAGUCAUACAUCAUCCUGGCUGUUUGCUUUGGAGGAGGAAUUGGGAUGUUCACCUGCUUUUCAGCUUUGCUGGAACAGAUCCUCUGCGAAAAGGGAUAUUCAAAUGUAUUUGCUGGCCUGAAUGGUGCAUUGUUCACCACCUGCGGUUUGUUGGGUGCCUUCCUAUUAGGACUGUAUGUCGACCGAACAAGGAAGUUUAUAGAAUCCACCAAGAUCUGUUUCUGUCUGAGUGCACUCGCUAGCAUCGUGUUUGCAGUGGCAUCUCGGUUCAGACACCAGGCCAUAACCCUGGCCAUAGCCAGCUCGCUGUUUGGGUUCUUCGGUUUUGCCAUCUACCCCAUUGCCAUGGAGCUGGCUGUUGAGUGCUCCUACCCCGUGGGAGAGGGCACAUCUACAGGCCUGAUUUUUGUUGCAAGUCAGGUCCAAGGUGUGAUUUUAAUGAUUCUGCUCCACCUUUCCCACCCUGAUGGUGCACUCCCUGCUGCUGCAGCUAAAAUACAGCGCAAGGCUGAAACGGAAUACCCCUAA